AUGUCUCAAGCUUCUAUUCCUGGUAACUCCUUGCACGAUAUGGUUAAAACUAUUGCCUCUUUUGUUUUGCAAUUUCAACAAGAGACAAGAGCAAGUAUUAAAAACUUGGAAGAUCAAAUGUCUCAAUUUGUGAAAGAGGUGAGGGAUAUGAAAGAGAGGGAGAAAGGCAAGCUACCGGUUCAAACCCACAUGAACCCGAGCAAUGUUAGUUCAAUGGUCUUGCGAAGUGGUAAGGAGCUAGAAGGUUUGAAGAUUGUUGCACAAAAAGAGAAAACUGAAGAGGAGAUUGAGCAAGAAGCGAACAAGUCAACUGAUCAGGUGAAUUCUAAACCUCCUAUUCAAUCAAAUGCUAAUGUUGCUUCAUUUUCUCACAGGUUAGCAAAACCGGCUAAGAGCGAUAAAGACAAGGAGAUCAUGGAGAUAAUUAAGAAAGUAGAGCUAAGUAUUCAUUUGCUCGAUGCAAUUAAGCAAGUCCCCCGUUAUGCGAAAUUUGUGUACCAAGAAACAGAAGUUGAGAGGGGACGAAAAAAUGAAGUCUUUGACUUGAGUGGAAAGGAUGAAUUGGAGAUUGCACUCACAAACUAUUUGGAUAUGAACUCUUUGGAUAAAGUGCCAAUGAGUGGUGCAUUGGAGGAAAUGAUUCGGGCUUUGCAAUCUUUGCCGCAUGAAACAUUAAGGUAUGUUGUGGUUAAUUCAGCUUUAACAAAAUCUGAUAAGGGGUUGUUGUCAUCUGUUGUGCAGGCACCGGCUUUGGAGAUGAAGCCAUUGCCCUCGAACUUGAAGUAUGCUUUCCUAGGAGUUGGAGAGACAUUACCGGUGAUCAUAUCUGCUACAUUGUCUCCUAGUCAAGAGGAGAAGUUGAUCCAAAUUUUGAGAGAGCACAAAGAAGCCAUUGGGUGGACGUUAGCUGAUAUAAAAGAGAUUAGCCCAUUUCUUUGCACCCACAAGAUUUUGAUGGAAGUCGUAAAGAAAGAGAUCUUGAAGCUCUUGGAUGCCGAUAUCAUCUAUCCAAUUUCGGAUAGUCAAUGGGUAAGUCCAAUUCAUGUUGUCCCAAAGAAGGCGGGAGUCACGAUUGAGGUUGACCACUAUGGUAAGUUGAUCCCGGUUCGGAAACAAACCGGUUGGCGUCAAUGCAUCGACUACCAUAAGCUAAAUUCAGUCACAAAGAAAGAUCAUUUUCCAUUACCUUUCAUUGAUCAAAUGGUUGAGAGACUAGCGGGAAGAUCUCAUUAUUGCUUUCUAGAUGGUUUUUCAGGUUAUUUCCAAAUUGCGAUUUCACCGGAGGAUCAAGAAAAGACGACAUUCACUUGUCCCUUUGGCACUUUUGCUUAUAGGCGGAUGCCAUUUGGCUUGUGCAAUGCCCCUGCGACAUUUCAGCGGUGUAUAGAAAACAUAUUUUCUGAAUAUGUAGGAAAGAUUAUUGAGGUUUUCAUGGAUGAUUUCAGUGUAUAUGAAAAUAAUUUUGAUACUUGUUUAGAUAAUUUGGUUUUGAUCUUGAGAAGGUGUCGAGAGACAAAGUUAGUUUUGAAUUGGGAAAAAUGUCAAUUUAUGGUAGAAAAGAGAAUAGUUCAUGGACAUUUAGUUUCAUCAAAAGGAAUAAAGGUAGAUAAAGCCAAAAUUGAUAUUAUCUCUGCCUUACCCUAUCCCAUUUCGGCAUUUGACAAGAUUAAAGAGUUGUUGACAUCACCGCCCAUCAUUCAACCACCAAAUUGGGAUUUACCUUUUGAGAUUAUGUGUGAUGCAAGUGACACGGCAGUGAGAGCUGUACUUGGACAGAGAAGUGGAAAUAUUUCAUGGACAAUCUACUAUGCAUCAAAAGCACUCAAUGGAGCCCAAUUGAACUACUCCACUAAUGAAAAAGAACUCUUAGCCGUUGUUUUUGCUUUAGAAAAAUUUAGAUCUUACUUGUUGGGUACUAAAGUAAUUGUAUUUUCAGGCCAUGAAGCUUUGAUGUAUCUAAUGGCGAAGAAAGAAAGCAAACCAAGGCUUAUACGAUGGAUAUUACUUCUACAAGAAUUUGAUGUGGAGAUUCGAGAUAAAAAGGGAAGUGAAAAUUUGGUAGUUGACCAUUUAAGUCGUCUUUCUAUGGUUCAUGAUGAACUACAUUUGAGGGAGUAUUUUCUGGAUGAGCAAUUACUUGUGAUUUCUUGUUCUUCUCCUUGGUAUGCUGAUUUAGUGAACUAUUUGGCCACUAAUAAAUUCCCUGAAAGAUGGAAAAAAACAAAGAAGGAUAAGCUGAGAACUGAUGCAAAAUACUAUGUUUGGGAUGACCCAUACCUGUGGAAACGAUGUGCAGACCAAGUCAUUCGACGAUGUGUCGAAUAA